AUGAGCACCGUGGAGAUUAGAUUACUCGACCCAGAGAGGGAUGAAGAUCUGAUCCAAGAUCUUGUACAGCUCCAAAUCGACUGCAUCACCUGUGAUGGCGCUCUACUACGAUUCCAUCCACCGUUUGAUGAUGGAAAACGGCAACAAAUGCAGCUUUUCUGGGAGGACCGAUUCCGUCAGUGUCGCCAAGGAUUAAGAGUCUCGUUCCUAGCGGUUGAAAAAACAGGUUUCAACAAGGAGGACCUUUGCGGCGUUGUUGACCUCGGGCUGCCUGUGGCAGAUACUGGCCCAUUUCGGGGCGAUGUAGAAAUGCUCAUGGUCUCCCCGCAUCACCGACGCAAGGGGAUCGCCAAAAAGCUGCUUUCCGCGCUUGAGUUUUACGCGGAGGAAAAGGAGAGAACACUCUUGCAAUUAUCGACCGAUGCGGGCUCUACGGCAGCAACGUAUGUUUACCCUGCUAAGGGAUACACAAAGUUUGGAACAGUACCGGACUAUGGCAUUAGGCCGGACACAGCGGAGCUGGUAGCUGGAGAAUACUUUUAUAAAGACUUG